UGGUCACAGCUGGUGGUGCUGUUGUACCUGGCAUCUGUAAGCUUGCGUGUUUUGUCUAGAUUGCCCAUAUUUUUUUCAAAUAUAUUAGAUUUUUAAUGGAUGGAACAUAUCGGAUUUAAAACUACAUUGAUGCGAUGUGGAAUAACAGGAACGCGACCAGCAGUAGUGAAAUACCCUUUGGAUUUACAAUUGUCUGAUUUCAGCACUAGGAGCUGUUCACCUGCGUUGUGAGACAAAGCUGUGUAAAUAGAAGCUUGUAUUUGCCUGUCAAGGAAGAUGACUGCCAAUGCAUCGACUAUUCGUGUUCUUAUUAAAGGAGGAAGGGUAGUAAAUGAUGACUUCACCCAAGAAGCAGAUAUCUACAUUGAAAAUGGAAUAAUUCAGCAGGUUGGACGAGAGCUUAUGAUCCCAGGAGGGGCCAAAGUCAUAGAUGCAACUGGAAAACUGGUCAUUCCUGGUGGCAUAGAUACAAGUAUACACUUUCACCAGACCUUCAUGAAUGCAACUUGUAUGGAUGAUUUUUACAAUGGGACAAAGGCUGCUCUCAUGGGCGGAACAACUAUGGUGAUUGGUCAUGUUCUGCCAGAUAAGGAAACAUCACUUCUGGAUGCUUAUGAAAAGUGCAGGAGCCUGGCAGACCAGAAGGUGUGCUGUGAUUAUGCUCUUCAUGUGGGUGUCACCUGGUGGAACAGCAAGGUAAAACGUGAAAUGGAAACACUGGUAAAAGAAAGAGGGGUGAACUCCUUUCAAAUGUUUAUGACUUACAAGGACCUCUAUAUGUUGCGAGACAGUGAGUUAUACCAAGUGUUUCUUACCUGCAAAGACCUGGGUGCUGUGGCACGAGUUCAUGCAGAAAAUGGUGAGCUUGUAGCAGAGGGUGCUAAAGAAGCUUUAGACUUGGGUAUUUCUGGCCCUGAAGGCAUUGAAAUAAGCAGACCAGAGGAUAUUGAGGCAGAAGCCACCUUCAGAGCCAUUACUAUUGCCAACAGAACACAAUGUCCUCUUUACUUGGUUAACGUUUCCAGCAUACCUGCAGGGGAUAUUGUUGCUGCAGCUAAGAUGCAAGGAAAAGUAGUUUAUGGAGAGGUGACUACGGCUCAUGCCACCCUGAAUGGUUUGCAUUACUACCACAAAGACUGGUCACAUGCUGCUGCAUAUGUUACAGUGCCACCAUUGCGACUAGAUCCAAACACUCCUUCCUACCUCACAAGUUUGCUAGCUAAUGACACACUGAAUGUGGUAGCAUCAGAUCACCGUUCCUUCAGUACAAAACAGAAAGCUAUGGGUAAGGAUGACUUCACUAAAAUACCACAUGGAGUCGCAGGUGUGCAAGACAGAAUGACUGUCAUCUGGGAAAAAGCUGUGAUCGGAGGCAAGAUGGAUGAAAAUCGCUUUGUUGCUAUAACCAGUUCAAAUGCAGCAAAAAUUUACAAUUUGUAUCCCAGGAAAGGGCGAAUCAUUCCAGGAGCAGAUGCAGACAUCGUUGUGUGGGAUCCUGAAGCUACUAAAACAAUUUCAGCAAGCACUCAGGUGCAAGGAGGUGAUAUGAAUAUUUAUGAAAAUGUGCGCUGCCAUGGAGUGCCACUAGUCACUAUCAGUAAUGGGAGAGUGGUAUAUGAAAAUGGAGUCUUCACGUGUGCUGAGGGAACAGGAAUUUUCUAUCCUCUCAGGCCCUUCCCAGAAUAUGUUUUUAAAAAGCUGGUGCAAAGAGAAAAGAGUCAAAACUUGACACCUGUAGAACGUGCCCCCUACUUAGGAGAUGUUGCAGCUGUAGUAAUCACUAGGAAAACAGAGACUGGAAAAUCAGAUGCAACUACUCCAACUGGACCUGUUACACGACCCGGUGGUAUAAGAAACCUUCAUGAAUCCAGCUUCAGCUUGUCUGGUGCACAAGUUGAUGACCACGUUCCAAUGAGAUCAUCUGCUAGGAUUCUUGCUCCCCCUGGUGGCAGAUCCAGUGGUAUCUGGUGAAACAUGAAGUUUUUGUACAGAAAUCCUGACGUGAUGACACCAAAAUGUAUUUAUGUUAAACACAUUGAAAUAGAAUAUUCUACAGAAGUGAUUCUUUAUUGAAAAACACUGUUUAAGAGUAAACCAUCAAACUUUGGAUUACUAAGAAAACAAAAGUCUCUUGACUGAAACAUGUUUCUACAGAAGUAAUUCUCUAGAAAUUGCUUUGAAUUUAAGAUAUUAUGUCUUAUUCAUUUUGGCAUGGUAAUGUUAGCAAGCGUGCCCAUUGUUUUCAUUUAAGUCUUUUCAUUUAUAUUUUUGAAACAAAACACUCUACAAACA